GGACCAUCCGAAUUGCAUGUGAAUGCACGAUUCCUUGGAUAAACGCCAGCUCUAACUUGAAGAACCUUGCGACCCUGCCGAGUCGACCGGCUCAAAAAUGCCGGCGCAAGAAAAGGUUUUCCGGAACGCGGGAUGGCUCAUCAAAACAGUACAUGGUCCCAUUAUGGGGGAUAAAGAAGGAGACGCCUUCAGGCGUUAUCUUUCUGCAAUCGUGCUGCCGGAGAUGGUCUUCCACCUGAACCGUGUCGAGCUGGUGCAUGAAGCGAGCGGCGUGGUGAUCAGCCUGAACGCCUUUGACGCGCUCGCGGGAUGGCGGCACGAGGACCUGCCGCCCCUCCAAGUGCGGGUCGCCGAGGAGUGGCGCAAGGCGCGCGAGCACGAGAUCGCGCAGCAGAACGCGGUGCAGCUGACCUACGACUGGACCUUCACCACACCCUACACAUGCACCGUGGUGCCGCCGCCUGCGCCGGCUUCGCAGCAGUCGGCAUCUCCCUCGACCACCGGAUCCGCCUCCUCAACCACCUCCUCGGACGCAGCGGCUGCGGCUGCGCCGCCCUCCACCUCCUCCGCCGCCUCCUCCUCGGCCUCCGCCGCACCCUCGGAGGGCGGGAAGGAGGGGGAGGCGGCGGGGGGGCUGUCGCUGCAGGCGCUGCGGCACCACCCCCGUGGCGUGGCCGACUUUGUGUGCGACACGCCAGCCGGCACGUCAGCCGCAUCAGCAGCACCUGAAGCACCACAUCCAUCGCAAGCAACGGGCACGGCGCACCCUCCGCCAACGCAGCCACCAUCUCAUCCAGCUGCCGCUGCUGCUGCUGCUGCUGCUGCUGCUGCUGCCGCCGCUGCUGCAGCUGCUGAGCCCGUGCCCGCGUGUGUGUGGCAGCCUACGUCGGAGCAGAUCGACCGCGGGCUGCUCAUGGAGCGAGACCCCAUCCUGUUCUAUGACGAGGUGCCGCUGUAUGAGUCGGACCUGGACGACAACGGCGUGUGCGCGGUGACGGCCAAGCUGCGCGUGAUGCCGCGGUGCUGGCUGGUACUGCUGCGCUGCUGGGUGCGCGUGGACGGUAGCCUGGUGCGGCUGAGGGAGAGCCGCCUGUUCUGCAGACACGACAUGCGCUCAAAGGCGCUGGAUGUGCUGCAGGAGGUGCGCUACUGCGAGGGCGGUUUCAAGGACCUGCGGCGGGCCGGGGCGCCGGACGAGGGGCCGGCGUACACGGACGCAGACGCCGCGGCGCAGGUAUUCCAGGCUGUGGCGCCCGUCGGGCUCAAGACUCUGCAGCUGCGCAAAAUGACCUUGCCGCAGCCGCAGCAGCUGCCGCAGCCGUCAUUGCAGGCCGCCACCGCCACUCCCACCACCACCGCCAUGAAGCCGCCGUCAUCAUCUUAGGACGAACAAUGACAUGGGAACCGGGCGAAGGGAUUCGGCGUCCGGAGGCCUCAUGACACGUGUGUGUGUGUGUGUGGGGGGGGGGGGUGUCUGGUUCACUAUUUCUUGACAUGACUGGCGGGACUAAAUUAAGCUGCACCGCUUUCAGCGUGCGUGUCACGGUGAAUGGCGUCAUGAGAAAUAUAGGAAUGCGCGGGAGGAGGAGCAAGAUGUGGAAAAGCGCGCAUUCAUUCUGAGCGUGUAGCGCUAAUGCCGCCUUUGUGUAAAAUCAAGGGCUUUGCGCUUUUGAACCCCGCCCCUGCCGUUACACAUACGGCAACUAUUCCUUGUGCAUGUGCUUUCACUGUGAACUCCUCCAAACCACGCACAUUGGGCAUGUCAUUUUUGGGCGAGGCCGCUGGCCCUCACCAUCUUUGGUGCCCUCAUCGUGAUGCAGGGCUUCUUCAAGCGCUGGCCCAACUCGCGCUGGCGCUUCACUGUCGUGGCGCCAGGCGAGUAUGUGGGUGACGCAGAGCAGGGCACCUGGUGAGCUGGUGUAGCUGCGAGGAGCUGUAACGCUGAGAGAAGAACCUGUGCCUCGUGCCUUGGGAUGGGGAUGGGAGCGGUUGACAGGACAAGGGUGCAUGUGGGGCCUAGAAACGCGAGUUUGUUCGCCACGAGUAUUCGAAUACGGCGAUGGUCAGCGGGAGUAUGGAUACUCUAGUCGGCUUGGG